AUGAAGAUACAUGAACAAGUUUUAGAGAAAAGAAUAAGGAAUGAAGCAUCAAUAAGUGAAGAACAAUUUGGGUUUAUGCUGGGAAAUGGUACAGUAGAUGCAAUUUUUGCACUGAGACAAACAAUGGAGAAAUAUGCAGAAAGACAUGGAAGGCUACACCUAGUAUUUAUUGAUCUGAAGGCAUAUAAUUGGGUACCUAGGCAAGAAAUGCAGAGAUGUGUGAGAGAGAAGGGUGUUUCAGAAAAGUAUGUUAAAGUAGUCCAGGAUAUGAAUGCAGAGGUUACCACUCAAGUAAGAAGCAAUGAGGGGACAACAGAAAAGUUUAGUGUCAGAGUUGGUUUACAUCAAGGUUCAACUCUCGGCCCCUACAUCUUUGACUUUGUGAUGGAUGUUAUUACAUCAGAUGUUAGAGAAGAAGUCCCAUGGGCUGUGAUGUUUGUUGAUGUUCUUUUGGUGAACUUGACUAUAGAAGGGGUGGAGAUAAAACUAAAGUUGUGGAGACAAGCACUUGAAGAUCGAGGUUUAAGGAUAAGCAGAGCUAAGACAGAAUAUCUGUGGAUGGGAGGGGAAGGAAAACAGGAUGCAGUUAAAUUAGGUUUAGACGACAUCAAGUGGCAUGGACUUGGAAAUAAACCACAGGAUACAAUGGGCUUGGAUGAACUGGAGGAGACCAUCAGGAAUAUUAUGUGA